AUGCUUGGCUAUGAUGAAAACUCCAAGCCUAGCCCCAGUGCUCGAGCUGAGCAGAAAGGUUUGGCUGCGCAUGUUCUGAUCUUGGAAGCCUACCUGCAGGGCGUCGCGUUGAAGGAGAAGGACGAAGUGGUGGUCUUCGACGUUUUGCCAAACAGGUGGGCCGAAUUUGGCCGUGCCAUUGUGCAGCAAAAGCUGACUGGUUCAAAGAUGCAGAAUGUGAGCUACCUUGGGCUCUUGAAGGACUCCCAGCAGGAUGUUGUCCCGAUGGUUGAAGAAGUGGUCUACAACUGGUGGGACCAGUCCAGCCAUGCUCCGCCAAAGAGGCGGCCACGCGACCCGGCUACAAUUCCAGACUUGCGUGUCCUUCGCUGGGAGAAUGACAGGCCAAAAGUUCCGCCUGGAGUCUUAGACAAAUUUCCACGGGGAAGUGAGCAGUACAAUGUGCUGUCAGAAUUGCUGAACGAGUUGAAAGUCUUGUGGCCGGACGCGGAUGACCAAUCUGCUGUUACUGCUCGGCCCCAGAACAUGACCAGCAGGGCAAACCCUUCCAACCCUUCCGCCCGAGCCACUGGAUCUCCGGACUUCACCAAUUCAGAUUUGCUGGAUCUUGAACGAGAAGUUGAUUUGGUGAAGAUACCCUCUGAGAGCUUUUCAGAAGAGAGGUUGGCGCUUUGUCCUGGCAAAUCCGGCCGCCCGUCCAUUGUGAUCUCCAAGACCUACGGGGUUUUCCUUGGGAAUUUCACGACAGAGGAAAUGCUUGUCAAGCCAGGUGAACUGUUUGGCUUUAAUACCGGAGCAUUCCAAGUGCUCAUCAUCCGUGGUGCCUUGGCUUUGCUAGGUAGUGGGCACCAAGAGACGGCUACAUUACCUUGGAGGCUUGCCUCCGACAUGAGUUUGGUGGCGCAUGAGAAGCAAUGCAUGCCACUGUGCACGUUUCUGUGCAAGAUGGCUCGUGAGCGGGGCCUUGCAGAUUUCACUGUGUGGGAUCAUGAGAUCGAGCCGAAGACAAGGACAGUUACUGAGAAUGGCGCUGAGUCGACGGUGACUGUCCCAUUCCGCUACAACGUGCGUGUUCCCGACUCCAACAAGUGCAAUUGCUUCAAGCCAAAUGCCUUGGUGAACCCAGACACAGAGGCUCACAAACCUGCGAGCCUUGGAGCUGUGUUCGUCGGCAACCUGAACCACGUUUUGCGGCAAGAGAACUGCAAGCAUGCAGCUUUGGUCUGGGAGGCUGCGCCCGCUUAG